UAUGAAUAGAAGGAAGGAUGACUUUCUCAUCAGAGUUUGGUUCGUAGGUUGCCCAGGCUCCUAUAGUUGAUAAAGUAUAUAGCCAGCGAAAUUGAACUAAAACAUGUUUUCACGAAUAGUGUGUCAUCUUUUCAUCAUCCUUACAGCAGUGAAUGUAUUAAGCGUUAACUGCUUUCACAACAUCCGCUCGACAGGAAAGGACAGAAACACUGGAUCUGGAGAUGAGAAUAUCAGGACAUUUGUGAAAGACUAUAAAACUGUACUUUUGAAUAUAUCAAACAAGUUUACAUCAUCAGAAAGACAAGACUACGAAUAUGCUGACAAAAUAAUCAGAUUUAAUGCAUAUGAGAUGAAUUUCACGCUGGUUCUUCAUCAUGACAGAAGUGUUCUGUCUCCAAAUUUAAUUGUGACUAUGGGAAGAUCAGCUUGGUCAGGCGGUCGACUCUCAGCUAUGGGCCUGGCAGCGGUGUUUUCAGGGUCUGUGAUGGGAGAAAAGGGUUCGUAUGUGUAUGGAAAGCUAAACGGAGGAACAUUUGAUGGUAUGGUACAGACUAAAAACGAGAUAUUGUAUUUGGAACCCUUGUCAAAGUAUAGCUCUGAAAUAGUAAACGGUUCAAAUCAAAUAUGUAUCAUUUAUAAAAAAGCUGAUUUAGUCGAUCAAAAUCCGCCUGAUCAAUUCAAACUAAAAGAAAAUUGUCAUACAGUUAACAGUACAGGAAUGCAAGCGCCAUGGGUUUUAAACAGUGUUCGAAAAAAACGUAGCAGAACAAGGCGAGCAGCGACUUUCUCGCAUUCGUGUUCGCUCCAUGUUGUAGUAGAUCACCUGUUCUUCGUCGGCGUAGGCCAGUCGUCGCGCUCUCAAACUAUCGCCGAAAUAAUGUACUUAGUCGGAAGUGCAGACCACAUUUUCAGAAGUACAGACUUUAACGGAGACGGCAAGGGAGAUAACGUUGGUUUUACUGUCACAGCUAUAUCCAUAUACCCUAACGAAACAGUGGAUGAUUACAAGACGGCAAACAGCAUUGACGUCUAUGAUUAUCUAAACCAGUUUUCUAAGUAUAAUUUCGACGAUUUCUGUCUCGGCAUUGCCUUUACUUUUCGCGACUUUAAAGAUGGAGUCGUGGGUCUUGCUUGGAUUGGAAACUCGGAUGUUUAUGGUCCUCCAGGAGGAAUAUGUCAGACGCGGAUUAAUCUGUCUGGGAAAACGUUCAACUUUAACACAGCUCUUGUAACACUUAAUAAUUACGGCAGUAGGAUUCCGAGCUACCGAUCAUCACUGACGCUUGCCCAUGAGUUCGGACAUAGCUUUGGUAGUAUUCAUGACAGUGCAGCAGACGCGUCUUGUUCACCCGGAAACGAUUUAGGAAACUACAUAAUGUUUCCUUAUGCAGCAGAUGGUUCCAGUCCAAACAACAAUAUAUUUUCAAGUUGUAGUUUAAGUCAAAUUUACCCGGUCAUUGUGAACAAGGGAUCAUGUCUAAAUGCAGAAACGGGACCAGUUUGUGGGAAUGCCAUUGUGGAGGCGGGAGAGGAGUGUGACUGUGGCAGUUCCGGAUUGUGUACUUUCUAUGGUGAUACCUGUUGUGUGCCUUCUGACGUCGUAUUUGAAGUUGAUAGGCCGUGCAAUUUCCGAAGACACCAAGGUAAAGUGUGCUCGUGGAAAUUUUCUCCGUGUUGCAGACAGAAUUGUACCUACAUCCCCGCGUCUGAUAGUCACAAAUGUGCAGAGGCAAGUCAGUGUAAGCAGGAAUCGUUAUGCGACGGAACCAGUGGAGAAUGUCCAGACGGAUUUUUUCUAUUGGAUGGAAUUAUCUGUGCUGGCGGAAAGAAAGCGUGCAAGGCCGGUGUCUGUGUUGAAAGCAUAUGUGAAUCGCGAGACAUGCACACCUGUCAAUGCACAGGUGUGGAUGAUCAUAUGUGUAUGCUGUGUUGUCGUUCUGGCAAUUCAACAAAAUGUCAACCUGCGCACAAUUUUGGUCUCUUGGGGACUUUCGGUGAGGUCCUUUACCAAGACGCCGGGGCAACGUGUUACAACAAUGCUGGAGUUUGUGAUAAAAAACACAAAUGUAUGCUUAAUAACCCUGAUGACGUCAUCAAACGUCUCGGUAAAAUGUUUAACGAAGAGAAUUUAGAAGAUAUAAAAACUUGGUUAGCAAAUUACUGGUAUUACAUCGUGAUUGCUGUGCUAGGGAUUGCAAUCUUUAUUUUCAUAUUCAUUAUCACUAAGAAGAAACUUGACAAUACACACGUUGACGCGUAUCGAAUGGGUAGGCUAUUGCGAGUUACUGAACAAGCGAACCUCGAGAAAGAGCGACAAAAAAAACAACUCGAGGAGCUUGAUACAAAAUAUACCGAGAAAAUACAGAAGGUAAAGGAAGGCGCUGUUCAGCGUGAGUUUACCGAAGCAGUUUCUCGACUGGUCAACUUAUUUCCAACGGCGACAACCGGAACUAUUGCCGACUUGUGCCGGAAGUGUACAUCGGAGGAUGUGGCGGUCAGACUCCUCCUUGUUAAGGGUUAUCCAAUCAAACGGAUGGUUACAUAUGACCAAUGAAAUGUCACGUUUGGAGGUGGCCAUAUGUCAAAAGGUCAUGGUGUCAACUCAUUUGUCGAUAGGAAUAUAUAUCAUAUUUAAAACGGUUCUUCAUAGGACUACAAACACAACAACGGCAUCUCAAAAGCUUUAUCAUGGUGGCUUUAAGUGGCAUUUUCUUGUCUGGCCGUUGGAACAGCGAGUCAGUGGACACACUUCAAACUAAUUAGCUUUUAAUUUCAGUACAAUAAUAUGUUUGACAUCUUAAUCGCAUGACAAUAUUAAAAGUGUUGCCAGUAACCGAAAAAAACUUUGCAUUAAUUACAUAUUAAAUUUAAAUCUAC